AGAGGAAAAGGAAAACGAACGCUAGCAGCUUGUAGCCUAGCUAUGACACCCUGCCACACAAUUAGCGCCCACAGCUAACAGGCUACAUAGCUGAUUUAGUAGAGCUGUUAAACAUAACUGGGAUCCAAUGGUUUAUGACCCUGUGCAGCCAUGGGUGACAUGAAAACCCCGGAUUUUGAUGAUCUUCUGGCUGCCUUUGACAUCCCAGAUGCCACAGGUUUGGAUGCCAAAGAGCCCAUCCAGGGGAGCCACGAGGAGACAGAGAGUCAGCUGAAACAUACAGGGAUAUGUCUAGAUGAUACUUUACUGAGUAACCAAGCUGACACAACAGUAGAUAUCCCUGCUGUAAGUGUUAUUGUGAAAAACACAAGUCGCCAGGAGUCAUUGGAGGGCUUUGGACCAGCGUUGCAAAAUGGAUUCAGGGGACAAGACACCUCCAUUGACACUGUUGAGACAACUAACACUGGCUUUUCCAAAUCAUUUGUCUCAGCUCUGAAUGGGGAGAGUUCAAGAGAGCUUCUUGGAAAGGCACCUGUUCAGCACAAACCUGAUGGAACCCCAGUAUUUUCUCAGUCACUUUCUCAUUUUAGUCCCAUCUCCAGUCCUGAGUCUGAAGACACCCAGUAUAGUAGAGAUGAAAUGCAUACAAAAGAGAGACCUUGUUUCCCAGAAGCUUCAGUGCUCGUGGAACCCUCAGUCCCGGACUAUCCAAAAAAACUGGACCUCAGCAUAUUUGAUGACUGUCCAAAGGACUCUAAUAUUCCCAAAAACACUCAGAGCAGCAGAACAGAUAGUUGUAGAGGUUUGGAGCCCUCUGAAAUCUGUGUCAGCAAUGAAAUGGAUAAAACACCUAGAACACACAAUGCACUUCCUCCACUGAGUGUUAACCAAAACCUUAUUGAGACAAACUGCAAUUCAGGAAUCUCAGUGGAUGUUCCCGCUUCUUAUCCGCAUGUAAAAUCUCAGACAUCUAAAUUAUCCUCUUGCCUUGAGGCUCUGGUGGCUCUGAAUGCUAAAAAAGAUCCCAGAGAGUCUUCAGCAGUUCAUAACGACUGCAUGAAAGCAAGUCCUAAUGUGCCUAUAUCCCCACUAAGCCCCAGAAGUCCGCUUGAAGCUGUGAAACGGUUAAUGAAACCCUCUGAUAGCCCAGUAAGCAUUUGCAGUGAUAGUAGUGGUAAAGCAUCCCCUGCUUUGGCAUCUGGGUCACCUCCUGCAAUACCCAGGGUCAGAAUUAAGACUAUCAAAACUACAUCUGGGCAGAUCAAGCGGACAGUCACCAGUGUGCUGCCUGAUUCAGAAACAGAUGAAGUUCAUUCUGCGUAUGAAUCCUCUCCAUCACAAAGUAUGAUUAGUGAAGAUUCUUACUGUAAUACGUCUCCUCAUCAGUCUCAAAGUGCUGUUGUUGAUGGCAUUGCCGGAAUACAAACGAAAGGUACACCAGCUAGCUCAUCCUCAGCCAGAGUUUUGCACAACAGAUCAGAGGCUAACUCCAGGAGGUCAGGCAUAAAGCAGUCUGCAACAAUAUUCCAUAAUGCUAGUGGUUCUGUCAAACGAUCGGUUGCACGUCAAAGGCAGAAACCAAAGAGAGGAUCAGCCACAGCAGGCCAUGCAACUAGCACAAACUUCCUUCCCAAAGCAAUGCACUUAGCUAGCCUGAACCUAGUCCCUCACAGUGUUGCUGCUUCUGUAGCUGCUCGGUCCACCUCUCAUCAACAAAACCAACACACAAUCUCCUCCACAGUGUACAGCACUGUCCCACUGGUGCAUCAGGUAAAAACAGCCAAACCUCAUCCAUGCAUGUCCACUCCUAACACAGCAGCUGGAACCUUAAGCAGAUUGUUGAACAAUGCCAACCCUGUGCCUACAUAUGUGCCCAACCUGAGCCCUCCUCCAGAGAGCAAUAUCAGCCUUCCACCACGCGGAUACUGCUGCCUUGAGUGUGGGGACGCCUUCGGGGUGGAGCGGAGUCUUGCGUAUCAUUACAGCAGGAGGAGUGUUCACAUUGAAGUAGGAUGUAUGCACUGUGCAAAGACGAUGGUGUUCUUCAACAAGUGUGCCUUGUUGGCACAUGCACGAGAGCACAAGAACAAUGGAAUGGUGAUGCAGUGCACACAGCUCCAUAUGAAACCCAUAGCAGAGGAGCAAAUGUUUGCAGCCCUGAGUACUGAAUCUGUAACCACAUACCCUUACACCUCACCAUCACUCUCACCUAAAAACCAACCUGUCCUGCCCCUAUAUCCAGACAAUGUCAUUCGCCACCGACUCCGUUGCCUGGAGUGUAACAAGCAGUUGCCUGACUACAAAGCACUUGCAGGCCAUUACCAGAGGCCAUCAGAAGAUGUGGAAGGACUAAUGUGUAAUGUGUGCUCAAUGCUGUUACCCAACAAGUGCAGCUUCAGAGCUCACGAACGCAUACAUGCACACAAGUCCCCUUACUGCUGUCCUGAGUGUGGUGCCCUGAGUCGUUCUGCAGACAUACAGAAGCACGUCAAGGAAAACUGUCUCCACUACGCUCGCAAGGCUUGGUACAAAUGUCUUCACUGUGAUAUGGUUUUCAAGACCCUUCAAGGACAAAAGACUCACAUUGAGGAGAAACACUGUGAAGUGUUUUACAAGUGCUCCAUCUGUCCUGUUGCCUUCAAGACCAAUGACAGUUGUGAAGUGCAUUUUAAAAACAAGCACAGUGCCAGCAAAACAUCCCCGCAGUUAAUCUUUAAGUGUUCGUGCGAGACAGUGUUCAAGAAGAAGCAGUUACUCUAUGAGCAUUUCCACCAGAAUGCGAACAAGCGUGUUACAUCUGUGUUCAAGUGUCCCGAAUGCAACUCAGUCUUUCCACAAAAGCAGAUGUUAAUGCACCACUUCAAGAGUGUUCAUGUAGGAAACAUGGCAGCAGAGACAGAGAACGGCAGGAUGCAAACAAACAGCUCAGACUUGCACCAGGAUGCUCAUUCUGUCCAACGUCACAAGAGCCGCAGUCCUGUUAAGCACACAGAUAGUCCCAGAAAAAAGGCAGAGCAAGACAGCAGAUCUCGCGCGAAGCCCAUUGGCUGGACUUGUGGGGAGUGUCUCCUGUGGUUCCCUGAACGAGACUCCUAUGUGUCUCACGUGAAGACCACCCACCGGAAGUCAGUGAAGAAGUAUCCAUGUCGACAUUGUGAGCAGUCUUUCAACUCUACAACCAGUCUGAGAAGACAUAUUCGCAGUGACCAUGAUGGAAAAAAGAAAAUCUACACUUGCGCGUAUUGCACGGAUACCAAAACAACAUUCACGACAAGUGUGAUGUUGAAGAACCACAUCAGUGUGAUGCAUGGAAUCAAAAAUCCAGAUCUUCGCCAAAUGCAAACAGCCACCCAGGAAUCAAGAAAACCUUUGGAGAAGAGGCUUUUAUCAGAACGACCUGCCGUGGACGUGCAGGAGAAGGAGGAGGAGCGGGGUCGCGCUUUCAGUCUUGAGGCUCCUUCAGCAAAGCGUCUGAAAACUCAGUUCCGCUGUUCAAAGUGCGGUUUCAUCACAGACGACAGCACGCAAUUCCAGCAGCACAUCCCACAGCAUAAAACCGAUGAAAACACUCCUCAGUGCCUUCACUGUGGCCUGUGUUUCACGUCUGUGCUGUCUCUCAACAGACAUCUUUUCAUUGUUCACAAAGUCAAAGAGGAGGAGAAAGAUAAAGAAGAAGAAGAAGAAGAGGAGGAGGAGGAAGCAGAAGCCAGGGAGAUGGAGCAGGAUAAUCAGCCAGGUAGACCAGCAGAUACUGAUGAGGUGAACAACUUGUUACCGGAGCUUAGUGAACCUGAGCCCUCGCAGGCAGAAGAGCCAGCAAGUCUGCACUGUGGCAAGAUUGCAGGCAGUAAAUUACAACUGAGCGCUCACUCUCAGACACGAGCUGUCCCUCACCGGUAGAAAGAGACACCUCAGCGCCUCUUAAAUGCUGCUUUAAUAUGUUCAGUUUUCAUAUGAAGGUAACAAGGGAUGCCCGAUGUUUUCGCGUGGAGGUUUGGGCCUUUUUUUUUUUUUUUUCAAUUUAGGCAUUUCCCUCAUGUUGUUCAGAGGUUGUGCAGUAUAUUCAAGCAGAUCUUUGACAUUUAGCACAGAGCAGCAUUUUCAUAAAUGAACAACUUAAUGUUCAUUUUUCAGUUCUUUUUGUUUAACUUUGCAUGUUGGUAAUUUGUUCAUUUUACCUUUCAGACAUACCUGCACACGUAUUACAAAUUAUUUUUCUUUUGUCCACCCCCCAAACUGUUUUAACCGCCCUGACAGGAGACUCAGGAAUGUCUGUUCUAGUUUUUGGUAUUGAUCGAUGUAACGGUGAAGGGGUGGAUUUUCACCUUUGUAAUCGAUGGUAGUUUUAAUUGCUUUUAUGUUGUCUGAAGUAUUCAGUGCUACACACUAUUACCUGAAGGGGAAUCAGUUUUUAUGACUGUGUUGCAAUUGAUUUGCAGUACAAUGCUAGAAUUGUAGUCGCCAUUUAUUACAAAACAUAGUAUAAUUAAGUAUUCAUUUAAAAGCCGUAUUUAUGCAUAUUUGGUAAACAGUUAUUUGAAAAACGAUCCUGUUAGUUCAAAUACAGGUGGGUUUUUCUCACUGAGCAAAGCCUACUGAAGUUAGGCUACGAGAAAGACUUUCUUUUUGACUAUUUAACCCAUUCUGAAAUUAUUUUGUUUUAAUGUUUGCUGAAAAUGUUUGAUUUGUGGACUCAUGUGAUGUCCCAGGUCUGGCCUUCUCUCUCUCUCUCUCUCUCUCUCUCUCUCUCUCUCUCUCUCUCUCUCUCUCUCUCUCUCUCUCUCUCUCUCUCUCUCCCCCUCCCCCCCUCUCUCCCUCCCUCUCUCUCUCUCUCCCCAUCUCUCUCUCUCUCUCUCUAAAUGAUUUUCUUUUCUCGAAUGAGUGUUCAUAGAAAACAUUGAGAGGUAUUGAAUGUGUGGUGCAGCAGUAUUGAAAAUACCUCAAAUUGCCGGAAGUGUAUUUUUCAGGCAAGUGGUUAUGUCAAAUCAGGGUACAUUGUUUUGGAUAAUCCAGAGCAUGUGUGAAAGUGAAGUCUGGCGGCAUAUCGGAGAUAAUAUCUCAUAAAUCAGGACCUGUUAAUAAAAAGUUGCAGAGAAGAAGAACAACAAUAAUAAUUACAAUGAUAGUGGGAUCAGAGGACUUUGUUGAAUCCGUGGUGGCUUCAGAGGAAAAAAAAUUCUUCGAUCAUUCCUCAUAAUGUGGGGUACUUUUUGUUCACAGGUCUUGAUUUGUAAAGCAGCACUUCUUGUUUUGUAUUCAGUACACGACAGCUCCUACCUCCAUGGUCCAUGGCAGUGAUUGUUCAGUGAUGAAAGUAUUGGAGGAGUUGCAGGUAACCUCAGUGCAAUGUAAAAGCUAGUAAAUGUGUCUUAUCCCACAUUAUUAAAUUUUAUAAAUUAUUUUGGGAAUGAAAAUAAGGCUAUAUGGUCAUAUUGACUUGACUGGGCGAGUGAACCUUUUUCUAUGUAAGUGCUAUCUGAGUUCUUCAUUUCUCUGUCAUCUUCAGUCCUUAAAUCACCACUCUGCAGCUGUUAAAAUGCAGAGACUGAAAAGAAUGAUUUGUUCACGACUUAUUCUUUUGUAACAACAUAUUUGUACUUUUCAUACUGUGUACAGUGAGGACUUGUAUAGGAAAGUAUCUUGUGUACAUACAGUAGCCAAUGAACCCUGGAUUCACAGCAUUUCUUAAGCCAUUACAUCUAUUCAGCAUGCAGUGGCCCACGUGCCUUGCUGAAAUGUUUACGUUAAGUACUUACAAAUAAAUUGGUGCAUUUAAUUCUG